GACAUUUUGCCAGUAUGGAAUGCCGGGAAUACACAGCAACAAAGAUGGCAGCUUCAGAAGAAGAGCAUGUAAUACACACAGCCAAACUCUCGACGGAUGACAAGCUUGUUUGGGUUCCUCUUUCGCUGACUCUAGUUGAAUAUCCACAAGGUGAUUGGCUGGGUAAAUUUUUAGCCCUUUCAAGUCUUCUACCAUUUGGAAUCAUAUCUGGUUUUGUUGCUCUCAUUCUCUUCAGGAGAGAUUUGCACACGAUAACAUUCUUCUUUGGCACUACACUGAAUGAACUCCUGAACCUCAUCUUAAAGCACACAUUUUGUGAAGCUAGACCUAUGCAGAGGAAUGCACUUUAUACGGAAUAUGGAAUGCCGUCGUCACAUUCACAGUUUAUGUGGUUCUUUGCUACUUACAUAGUAUACUUCGUGUGUAUAAGAUUACACCAUAUGAAUAAUAGUACUCUACUGGAAAAUAUCUGGAAGACAGCAAUAAUUAUUUCUAGUCUGUUUCUGGCAGCUCUCGUUACAGUCAGCAGAGUAUACCUGCAGUACCAUACUUGGAAACAGGUGCUAAGUGGUGCUUUAGUUGGUUUCUUGUUUGGAUCUCUCUGGUUUGCACUCACAUACUUGAUAUUCACACCUAUGUUUCCACUUGUUGCUUCAUGGAGAAUAUCGGAAUUUUUGCUUCUGCGAGACACAACACUGAUACCAAAUGUACUUUGGUUUGAAUACAAAAACAGCAGACAGGAGGCAAGGGCAAGGAGCAGGAAGCUGGUAUCCAUGAAGUCACAAUGACAGCUGCUAGGCAUAGGAGGUGGCGGCUUGCACCAUGGUGGCUUACUAAGUAGCCUCAUUCACUUCUAUUGGUUACGGAAAAGAUAAUGUGGACGGUGCAAGUAAGUAUGUGUUACAAAGUUCAUUCUCCUGGACACAAGAUACUUCAAUAUGCUGUUGUUAUAUUACAGACAUGGAUGAAAUUGAUAGACAGAGCAGAUAAUCAUGAACAGUGCAGCCUGAAGCAGCAGCUCCAUAGCUUUUAUAAGUAAUAAUAUUAAUUUAUUGCGUUAAAAUAGACUGUAUUUGUGAUUGUUGACAGAUGCCAGUCAUCAGUAAUAACAUUAUUUUAGAACUAAUAUCUGCCCUUUACAUGUAAGAUGGUGUCUUUAAUGUGUCUUGCCCACAGUGUGUUUACCACAAAUUUACCAGAGAUUUUUACGAAGUAUAAGGUUUAUCCAACCUGUAUUAAACUAACUGCAUUUUUUGUUGUAACACUCUUACAAGUGACAAUGUACAAAACUUUACACAAGUAUGUUCCUUUAGCCAUGUUGCUGUAUAAAUUAUUGUUGGCCAUAACUCUUUCUGUGAUGAUUUCUACUGCGCAUUGGUGCAUUGAGUUUGUAAUAUUGUCCUUUUUUUUUCUUUUAAAUUGGAGUGAUGUAUUACAAGUUUUGAAUGGUACAUAUUUUUAUACGUGAGCAGUGGGACAAUAUAACCAUCUGUAGCAUUGUCAAAAAAACGUACAAAGUAAUGAAUAGUGUGUCUAAUUUCAAAUUCAGAACACUUCCAUGUAAUAAAAAUGUGAUCAUGGCAGCUUUUAUGAAUGACUGAAUUUUUGUAGUUUAUUUUUGUGUUUAAAUUUUCCUUUUUUUUAGUGAACAACAUGAUUAUAUUUACCAUGCAGUGAAACCAAGAUUUGUAGACUCCAUGUUUAUGUUUUCCCAUAAAGUUACAUUCUCUAUCUCCAAAUAGUUUACAUUCAGGUUUAAUUUUUUGUGUUUAGUAUACAUUAGCUUCAAUUUUUAAUAAUUUUUUCUAUGUGAACGAUGACUUUUUUACUAAACUACAGUGAUUUUUUUUGUAGAUAUACUCAAAAAAAUAAUCAGAUUAGCAUUUACUCAGAAAUUUUACAUGAAUGUGCCAUCUGUAAAGUUUUGAAAUUAUCUGUAAGGAAAUUAAAAGACAAUUUCAAAAUUAUGUGUAAAUUUACAACAAAUGCUCAGUUCGAACACUCGCUUUUAUCCAUUGUUUCAAUUAAUUACUGAUAUUUGCAGAAAUUAGUGUGUUGUUAUACUUAAGUACUUAAUUAUUAUUGGAUAUUUAUUGUAAGUGCUUGAUGAAGUUUUUUGACAGUCUGUACAAAACUUAUAUUUUUGUACAUUCAUCACCUCUGUGACUGAUGAACCACACUUACUACCAUAACAUACAGCACUAGAUAUGAAUUGUAAUUAAAAUUAGUUCCACCUAUUUUUCAGUAUGUUCAAUACUCAGAUUCCGACAGUGACUAACAGUGACAAUGUGACUCUUCUACUGAUAUGCAUUUGUACAUUAUGAUGAAAUUGUUUUCUUUAUAUUUAUAUACUCUUUUAUGUAAUUGUCAUAUGUAAACCAAAGCUAUUUUGUUAUGUAAAGGCGGUAGGUGUAAUCUUUAUUUGUUCGUUAUGUGUUUGCUGGUAACAUAAUUCCUAAAUGAACCGUCUGUUAAUCAUUUCUUGGGUGCAAAAAAUUGAAACCUGUGGCACAAAAACAUUUGUUUCUUUAAGUCAGCUUGCCAACAAUUGAUAAACAUUCCUCAUUUUGGGAUGGUAUGAUGUUGUAAUGCACAUCAAAUUUUUAGCUUAAGAGUUGAAAUGUGAAGACAUUGUUUUCCCAGAAUCUGUUUUACUGUGUACGUAUUAAAUCACAUUAAUAUAGUGGUGUGAGUUGAUGGUAUAAGUGAGUGUUUGUCAAGCUGUAAAUCCAAAGCUCCAAAGUUCAAUCUGUGGCCAGUCUUACUAUUUUUCCUCAAAAAUAAUCAUUGUGUAAAAAUGCAAUGUGGAUAGAUAAAAGAUUUACUCACCAAGCAGCAGCAGAAUAAAAUACACACAAUAGGUAUGGAAAUGCUUGUUGCUAUUCUUGAUCCUCGUCGUCAUAUAAAUCAUUUAGUGUCUUUUGUGGUAUCUGUUUAGCUUUUUUAGCUGAACCAUAUAAAGGAGAUUGAAAUAACUUUUCGCUCUUAGGAUCUUCCACAUGCUCAUUGGGCACCUUCUUUAUUUAGCCUUGGAGACCCUUUCAUUGGAUGGAUUUGCUUUCAGAGCCUGGAACACAGCUGGUCUCUGUACAUACAGAUUGUUUAUAAGAGGUGACCGAACUACUUUAUGUUCCAAAGUAUUUGUUGUCAUACUGUGACAUCAACAAGUUAUACAUAUGGAUUCCAGACAGAUUUUUUAAUAAUGUCUUUCAGCUCUGUCAGUUCAGUUUGAGUUUCACCCAGCUUUUCACAAACAUGUCAAGGAGCUUAGCUUGUAUAUGAGGUGGACUUUCUUCUAAGACAAUUGUAACUGCAGUGCUUUGCACCAAGAAAAAAAUAUGAUGAAAGGAUGUUCAGAACUGGACAAGUGCAUGAAAGACAUCAUUUCUACCAAGACGCGGGCUGUAGUCCUUGAUACAAAGACCACCAGGAGCUUAUAAAGUACUGUAUCACUUGUGAAACCAAAAAAGUCUGUGGUUGUGAGGCCUUGCAAUCUUGGAAAACUCUAAUCUCCUCAAUGUUGAUGUAGAAGAAAAAUUAGUGGAUGAGUCAAGUCUUUUGAAGCCUCAACAGCUACAUGGGAACACAUGAACAGUCAAUUAUAAAACAAUUCAGGCCAUCUCUGAUUAAUAAUUUGUGUGUUCAGAGAAAAAUUGCAUUCCAUGCUCUGAAAGCAAAUUCCAUCCAUGAGGUGGUCUCCAAGGCUAAAUAAAGAAGGUGCCCAAUAUGGAUGUGAAAUUCUUCCGAAGAGUGAAAAGUUACUUAAACUUCCCUAUCGUGCCUCAGCUAAAAAACUACAAAGACACCACAAAAGACGCUGAAUGAUUUAUAUGACGAUGGUGGUGGUAAACAAGAAUAGUAACAUGCAUUUCCAUCUCUCUCUAUGUUUGUUUUCUUCUACCACCACUUAGUGAGUAAUUUUUUUUAUGUAUCCGUAUUAGGCUUACGAUUUUUCUCAUCACUUAUCAGUUCAGUCACCUUUCAAAAUGUUUUGCAUGAGAAUAAUACCAAGUCACAUCACAAUUCGAUUGACAUGCUCAACUGUAAGUCCACCUCUAAUUGCUUGGGUAAGUUAACUUACAAUGUGGAGGAAGACAAGGAUGUGCCACAUUCGAUAGAAUUACGCCUAGUAAAGCAGUGUGAUGUGAAACAGCUGUCCAUAUUGAAGACAGAUUUAAUUUUUAAUUAUGAAUGAGGAAGUGUUGCAUACUAAAAUUAUCAUUGCCUUCAAUAUUUGCUAAAUAUUUUGAUGUGUUGGCAGUAAAUCAUAGUGGCUAGUAAAAUUGAUGGAGUUUGUGGAAUUUCUCCUUAAGCUAGAUAAACUGACAUUUGGAGAAGGAUUCGUGGUUAGUAAGAUUUCUGAAUUUCAAUCAGAUGCAAUCUUGUGUUGCUAGGAAAAAGUUUCAUAAGUGUUAGAUGAUGAUUCCAGAACGAGGGGAGGCGCAUUAAAGAGCUUAAAAAUCUAA